AUGCAAGAGGUCCAAGCAUUGUUGUCAAACGCGAGCCCAGUUCAGCUCGGAGCUGCUGCAACCGCACUCAUCUCCGUUGGACUCGUCUACGCAUGGUCGACAAAGAUACCUCCGUCUUCGUGUCGUUAUCCAAAAGGGCCACCAAGACUCCCUCUUAUCGGUAGCUCUCACAACUUUCCGACAGAAAACUGGGGAGUCAUCUUCAACGAGCGGCAAAAGCUCUAUGGUGACAUAGUCUAUGUUCAGCUUCCCGGAAUGCCCUUCUAUAUCAUCAAUUCACUGGAAAUUGCGCAAGAGCUCUGUAACAAACGCGCAAAGCUCAAUUCAGAGAGAAAGAUAGGGUAUAUGAUCAUGAAUCUGUACUAUGGGUGGAGCUGGUUACCUGCGUUUAUGAGUUCCGAUGCACUACCCGGCAGAAUCAGAACCCUGUUUAGACGUGGCAUAGGGCCAACAAAGAUGCCGUUAAAGGAUCCCCUCAUCGAGAGAAAGGCUCAGGAUUUUGUGCUCGACCUACAAGGCGUAAGAGGAAAUCCGAAGAGCACGAUAUUAAACACUGUCAGAAUGAUCAUUAUCGAAUUGGCGUAUGGCCGAGGCAUCGUGAAGGAGCAUGGAGACGAGAUGAUUGCACUCAACUUGGAGGCAAGGAACCUGUUGGAAAAUGCCAUUUUGACCGUGUGGACUGUUGAUCGAAUCCCGUUAUUGCGCUUCUGGCCAAGCUGGAUGCCUGAAGGAGAAUUCAAACGAUCUGGCGCAUACUGCAAGCAACUUGUGGAUCGAAUCCGGCAAUGGCCAUUCCGAAUGGCUAUCGAGUGCCGUAAAGCUGGAACGCUUGAUCACUGUUUCGCGGAUGACUUGAUGAAUGAAUUUGGGACCUCCUUCGAAGUUCGAGACACGCUCGCCAAUAUCUACUUUGCCGGUGUCGAUACAGUACGAGAAAUCAACACCCACUCUAAUCAUCCGAUUCUUGCACACCAUGUUCAUUUACCAGAGGUCACAAAGAAGAUGCAAUCUGACAUCGACUCAGUAAUUGGUCGUGACCGAUUGCCGACAGCAAAGGAACGAAAUCACCUACCAUACUCCAAUGCCGUCUGGAAGGAAGCUAUUCGGUACAAGUGUUCCAUGCCUCUGGGCAUUCCUCAUUCGAGUAACGAAGAUCAGCUAAUUAACGGGCACUUUAUCCCAAAAGGCUCAAUCAUCAACCAAAAUUUCGGAUUCCAUCUCGUGACCACGGCCAUUGCAUUAUUCGACAUCAAUUCGCUACCUGGAGAGUCAGUACCUCAUCCCGCAACAGUUCAGUACCUCAAGAGAGGCAUGCGACUUCCCGUCAAUUUUGAUUGCGUAUUCACGCCAAGGGAUGAUAAAGCCAGUCAGCUCUUAUCUUCUCUUGCGUUGAGUCGUUGA